UCUUUGUCAAUUGAGACUAAUCCAAGCUCAGUUGCAGGAAUUUUUAUUCAUUUUUAUUUUAUAUUUUUUUAUUUCAUAUUUAUCAUUUUUUUAUUAUCUGAUUAUUUUUUUAAAAAAAAAGGAAAGAUUGAGAUUAAGUUGGAUGAUGAUCAAAAAGUAUGAUUGGUGGCUAAUCUUUAGCAUUGGAGGACUAAGUGGAAUAGAACUGAAAUUCUAUAAAAAAACAGCAUAGUUUUUAUAAAACGAAAAAAGAGGGAGGAGAAAUCGGAAUAGGAGAGAAGAAGAAUCCGAAUAGGAGACGGAAAAAAAAGGGGAGAAAAAAAAGAGAGAGGAGUAAUCUGAAUAAGAGGAGGAGUCCGAAUAGGAGAGAAGAAAGAGGGGGGAAAGCCCCCAUCUCCACCAGCCCUCAAGGCCUCUCUUUGGUGGGCGAUCUCCCCUUCCAUGAAGUGUUUAGAGACCAAGACAUCGCAUUUGUCAAUGGUGACGUGCCUUUGACUGCCCUCUGAGCAAACGGCAGAUGUGACAUAGCUUGGAACCUCGGGUUGAGCUGCUGAAAUGGAGAAGCUAGCUAGACAGCCCGUGUGUGACCAUGUAAAGGCGAAAUCAUUGAAGCAGGAUCUUAAGAGGGAAAAGGAAUUCUGGAGAUGUCAGUCUCGGGUUCAGCGGCUUCAAGCUGGUGAUAAAAAGACAAGUUCUUUCCCAUGCUUCGUGUGUUCAGAGGCGAAGGCAUAAUCAAGUCAGGGAUUGGUUUUUAUGACAGUGGUAUGUGGAAAGAGGAUCAUGAGGGUAUUCGGGGUGUGAUACAUGACUUUUCCACCAUUUUCACUUCCUGCAGUCCGUAAAAUAUUACAGAAGCAGUGAGUGGUAUAUCUCAGGUAUUACACCCACAAUGAAUGAUGAUCCCGUCCGGGAUCAUGGUCUAUCGCAAAAUCAAAAUCCUGAGGGCAUCCCGUUAGAUCGAGGUGCUGGAGGCACCCUCUCGAGCCAAAACGAAGUUACCCAACGAAGGAGAUCACGAAUGCUUGCUGGUCAAACAUUAGCGGCUAACCCCUAGGGUCCAAAGGAGACUUGCAAUUUACUUUGUCCUUUGAAUAUCUUGUUGACGAGGAUACUGAAUAAAUUCUGCAUCUGAUUUAUUGCUGGAACGCAACCGUGAACAGUGUUUGGUUCAUCUUUUGGUUCCUUCUCUUGCAUUGCUGAUCACUCUUGUGCAGAAAAUUACAGGAAGCUAAGGAGCAGCAACAGGAAGAAAGAUCCAGAGAUCAGAAACUGACAAAAAAAAUUCCCCUGAUCCCGCUACCAAUUUUGCUUGAGCGCAUGAGCAGGUCUGUUGAGCAACAAAAGUUGGCACAGGCGCAAGCUGAGCCCAAUCGCAGCUGUCUCGGUCUCGAACUCAGGAGCCGUGGCGAUAGUCCAUGAAGGAAGGCUUUGCUUCGAAAGAGGAGGUGGAAGAUCACCUGUAGAACCUGCUUUGGAGAACACGUUGGAAAAGGCGCUCCACUUUGUUACGUCGAGCAACGUGUAUGGCUAAGAUGGUGGAAUGUGCAACUGAUCCUCCUUUGGCUGCUUUUCAGAAGCUGUGUCCAAGGACUUGCAAGCUGUUGAAUAAUCAGAAUUUUAUGGCUAAGGCUUCCCUUUUGGCGGUAGUGGCGAGUUUGUCACAGGAGGGAGCAAUUGCACCUCAGAGCUUGGAAUCCUUGCGGCAAAGCAUCCAUGAACGCCUUGGGAGCACAGAUUGGAUGAUGCGAAAGGCAGCAACUGAUAUCACAGAUGCAAUUACAGACUACUCAGCUGCAGCAACAAUUGGGUUUGCAACAGCAGCCCAAUCAAUUACACCAAAAUAUGCAGCCAAGGAUUCACACAUCAAGCUUGGAGUUUUCAACAACAAAGCUUCGUGUUAUUCGAGCAGUUGCUGUCCUUGGAGUUAUGUGGAGGACUGUGCUGUGGGUUUGCUGUUUGCUUUACUUCAAUUCUAGGUGGCAGUUCUGGUGUCCUUCAAGGAGUACUAUCCACGACUAAAUCGUUGACUAAGGAGCUCUAUCAGUUGACAUCCAUAGCAUUUUUGCUUGCUUGCUGUUUGGUGAUGAGCUGGGUUCAUUUGUUGCUGGAAUGAUGAUAUCAACCUCUGAUUUGAAUCAGCAUACACUUGAACAAGUUGAGCAAAUUCGCAAUUGCUUUGUUGCUCUCUUCCUGGCCAGUAUUGGGGAUGUUGAUUCAUGUGCAUUUCCUUUGGAAUCACAUUGAUAUAUUGCUAGCAGCUGUAAUAUUAGUGAUUGUUAUUAAAACAAUGGUAGUUGCUGCAGUUGUUAAGGGAUUUAGAUACAGCAACAAAACUUCACUUCUUGUUGGGAUGCCUUGGCCCAUUUGGGGAUGCAGCUUUGUUUUCUGGUUUGCAUCGCUACUAUAACAUGAGGUUCCUUUGGAUGUCCUCCUGUAAACUAACUCAUCAAGGUUGUCAGGAGACUGUCCAUGUUACGCCUCGCCUAGUGGUUGAAGUGACUAGGUUUGCUGUUGAGAAGGAGAUGGUUGACUUUGUUGAAACAUUAUACAUGUAUCGGUGUCUUAAAGGGUCAAGAAUCGAUGCACUUAAUUCAAUCACCAUCUCGUAAGCAAAGGUGGUGCAAGAAGAUGUUCAUUUGUUCUCGUGUUGGAUACCAAGUAAGUUUAAAAUGUUUCACAGGAAAUUUUGAUCUGUCAAGCAUCUUUUAAAUAACUCUUG